CCUCACUCACACUCCUUCCUCACUCUCACUGUCUCACACUCCACUUCACUCUCUUCCCCAGCUAGCCCAAACCCACACCCCAACCAGCCAGCAAAACACUAGCCUGCAAGCCAUGGCCGGCCGUGCCCACAACCUCGCCGCAGUGGCCACCCUGCUCCUCGCAGCCCUCCUAGUCCUAUCAUCUUCUCCGGCGCCGGCGGAGGGCGCGGUGACGGGGUGCGGGCAGGUGGUGUCGGCGCUGGCGCCCUGCAUCGGCUACGCCACGGGCGGCGCCGCCAGCCCGAGCGCCCGCUGCUGCUCCGGCGUGCGCGGGCUCAACAGCGCCGCGUCCAGCCCCGCCGACCGCAAGACGGCGUGCACCUGCCUCAAGCAGCAGACGAGCGGCAUGGGCGGCAUCAGGCCCGACCUCGUCGCCGGGAUCCCCGGCAAGUGCGGGGUCAACAUCCCCUACGCCAUCAGCCCUUCCACUGACUGCUCCAAGGUCCGUUAAGCUUGUGAGCUGGAGAAUAAAUCAACCGAGGAGGCUCAUGUCUACGUAGUACUACCUCGUUGUUGUGUGUUGUUUUAGUUGUUGCUGCUUGGUAAUAAUUAGUUUUACUGCUGCAGGUUUGUGUUGCUGCUGCUUGCAUGCCCAUGAGAGCUUGAGUUUUAUUUUUUACUUUCGCUGUACCACUCGUUGUUGUGAGGGGACCUUGUAUUGUAAUGCAUGCUGUAUUCCAUUAAUAUGCAUGGUCUCUUAAUAAUGUCCAAGAAUAUUUUCUUCAAAAAUAUUAUGUCCAAGAA